CACUUCCUGGAAAGUGUGCGCAUGCGCGUGCACUGUAUCACGUAUACAGUACGUAAACAAAAGCUAGGCCUGCAGGUAUGGUAAGAGUGGACGACGACGGAGAGGAAGAGGCUCGCUGUAGCUUUAAUUGAUUGCCGAACUGUCCACUGACGAAAUGGGCAAACGAAAGGUUGAAGAGUUUUUGCCGGACGAGUGUCACCGGCGAUAUUGCUGCGUCCACUGUAGAGCGCACUUGGCAAAUCACGACGAACUCAUCUCCAAGUCAUUCCAGGGAAGUCAAGGGAAAGCCUAUCUCUUCAACAAAGUUGUAAACAUCAGCUGUGGACGAGCAGAGGAGAGGUUCUUACUCACUGGCCUGCAUGCUGUGGCAGACAUAUUCUGUAGCUCGUGUAAAACCACACUCGGCUGGAAAUAUGAGCAUGCUUUUGAGGCCAGCCAAAAGUACAAGGAAGGAAAGUUCAUCAUAGAACUUGCUCACAUGGUCAAAGACAAUGGCUGGGACUAAGCCUUGCCUCUUCUCCCAUCACUCAUGUUUUUACUCCUCAUCUCAUUCUCCUGGCUCAUUUCAUCCUCACACCCCAGCAGUUUGUGUUCAGCAAUGUCUCCAAUACAUGCAUGGCAACUUUGUGUUGUUUGCCCAAACCUUGUGUAAUCAUCCAAUAAGUGUCUGUUCUGCCAUGUAACAGUGUGUCUCUAAUGUACUCUGUUUGUGUCCAUGGCAAUUAUCAGUG